AUGGAAACUAAAGAAUUCCCUGCAUGGCUUGAGGUGUUGUUAAAGGAGAAGUUUUUCAACGCUUGUUUGGACCAUGAAGAAGAAAAGAAGAACGAGAAAAACAUUUUGUGUAUCGACUGUUGUCUUAGCAUCUGCCCUCACUGUCUCCCUUCUCAUACCUCUCAUCGUCUUCUUCAGAUAAGAAGAUACAUGUAUAACGAUGUUCUGAAGGUAGAGGAUGGCACCAAACUAAUGGACUGCUCUUUAAUUCAGCCAUACAUAUCGAACGGUUCAAAGGUUUUGUUCAUCAAUGAACGGCCUCACUCUCGACAGCUUCGUGGCUCUGGUAACUUCUGUUACACCUGUGACCGGUCUCUCCAGUCUCCUUACGUCUUCUGCUCUCUCUCCUGCAAGAUUAGUGACGUCAUAAUGAGACAAAGAGGACUUUCGGGGUUUCUCCACGUCUGCAACGUUCUCCAUUUAACGGACGAAGGAGCCACCACAUCAACGCCGACCUCCACUAUCGAACCAACAGAGUCAGGCGGUGACGGUGACGGAGGAGUAGACAUGUUCUGGUGUCAGGCGCUAGCUUGCACCGCCACUAGUGAAGUCGUUAGGAAGAAGAGAAGCAGCUUGACAACGACUUGUCGGAGAGUCACGACGGCGGUUGCUUCGACCAACACGGAGGCUCCGGUGAACUUUUUCAACCGACGCAAGAAUACGCCGCCGCAACGAGCGCCGCUCUAUUAGGUCCGUAUGGAGUUGGUUAAAGUGGUAAGUAGAAUGAACACACGUAACGUAACAACAAUAGUCUAAUAGUAAUGUUUUUAAAUUAAGGGAAAAAAUCAUUAUCUAAAAUAACGAAUCAAAUUUUAAGAUGAAGUUAAAUAUGGAAUACCAGGGAAACAGAAAGGAGGU